AUGGCCGACGACAAUAGCAAUGACCUGGUAGAACUUGAUCCUAAGGAAAAGAAGGAAAUUGAAUUGGGGCUGAGAGCCUUUGUCCUCCGUCAUGAAACACAUCAUCGUCCCAUUGCAAUCGUUACGUCAGGAGGAACAGCCGCCGACUUGGAGCUCAACAGCGUGAGAUGUUUAGAUAACUUUUCUACUGGUCUAAGGGGUGCAGUCUCGGUGGAAGAAUUCCUGAAACGCGGGUACGCUGUAAUUCAUCUAUGGCGAGUUGGAAGCGCAAGUCCUUUUGGAAGGAUACUGAGUCAGGCAGUUGGAACUCAAGCGAAUCAUGGAAUGUCGUUUAAUGGAAUUGGGAAGUUGUUUUUUGGAGAUACGGAAGAUGACGAAGAAGAUCAACUGGUUCAGUCUGUUCUGGAUGCACAGCGCGACCCUUGGUUAACAGACGCAACCCCUGGAGCUUCACCGCCUUCAACCUCCAACAAACGAGCCAACAAGAAAACAGAUGGAAUCACAUUGCAUCGACGAAUUAUAAACUCCAGCAAACUCCAAUCAGCACUAUUAGAUAGACAGAAUGUUAUACUGGAGAAUCGAUUGUACACGGUCCCCUUUCGAUCGGUCGACGAAUACUUGGCAAAGUUGCAGUUGUGUGCGGAAUCAAUCCGAGACAGCCAAUCGCUAGCAAUGUUCUAUCUCGCGGCUGCAGUAUCAGACUUUUACGUCCCCAAAUCAAAACGAUCAGAACACAAAAUUCAAAGUGCAGGCGGUGGAUUGACUCUGGAACUAGCUCCAGUUCCCAAAGUCAUGGGCUUGUUACGUUCGACUUGGGCCCCAGAUGCAUUUGUUUGCAGUUUCAAGUUGGAAACCGACAAGGAAAUUCUGAGGAGCAAGGCGGAGAGAGCGGUCCAAAAAUACAACUGUCACAUGGUGGUGGGAAACUUGCUACAUAACCGGCAUCAACAAGUUUCUGUCCUAGCACCUUCCUUCUCAGAUGACGGAGCAACAAUGGAUGUCAAGGACUGGUCGAUGCAUGACUUGACCAAACCGCGAAAUUCAGAGUCCGAUGCGCUGGAAAGCAUGAUCGUAGAGACCGUCGUACAAACACACUUUGAGUAUAUAUCCUCGAGUAAUGAAGUUGGAAUGGAUCGAUCGGGAACUCAGGCUGUUAUUCGAGCCAACGAUGAAUUAUCUGAAAAGCGGCGGAAACUGGAAAGAGACUUGUUCUGGGAGCAAGUGAAAACGACUGGUCUCGAAUGGGCGGGAGUGGCCGCGGGAUGUCUAAUAUCAUAUGCUGUGUCGUCUGCGUUGCGCAAUCGCAUGUCGGCAUAG